UCCGUCCGGUCGCCGCGGCAUGCUCGCAUUCACACCGGUACACACGGAGUGGACUUUAACCGGACGGGCACUAUGUCUGAGGUACGAAAAUUCACAAAGAGGCUCAGCAAGCCCGGGACGGCCGCGGAAGUCAGGCAGAGCGUGUCGGAGGCUGUGAGGAGCACCGUGGACCUUGUGGAGCAGCCAAAGAUUAUCGAGCCACUGGACUAUGAGACUGUGGUGUUUCAGAGAAAGGCCCAGAUCCACAGUGACCCCCACAGAGACCUGCUGCUCUGCCCUGUCGACGAUGUCUCGGAGUCCCAGAUCUCCCGGCAGAGGAGGACUGUUGUUCCUUCGGUGCCCCAGAAUGCUGAGCGGGAGGCCAGGAGUCUGUUUGCCAAAGAGUGCAUCAAGAUGUACAACACCGACUGGCAUGUAAUCAACUACAAAUAUGAGGCUUACUCUGGUGACUUCCGCAUGUUGCCAAGCAAAGGCCUGAAGACGGACAAGCUGCCAGCUCACGUGUACGAGAUCGAUGAAGACGCCAAAGACGAGGACUCAGCGUCGCUGUGCUCCCAGAGGGGAGGCAUCAUGAAGCAGGGCUGGCUACAGAAAGCCAACAUCAACAGCAGCCUGUCUGUCUCCAUGAGGGUGUUCAAAAGGAGGUACUUCUACUUGUCUCAGCUCCCCGACGGCUCCUACAUCCUCAACUCCUACAAGGAUGAGAAGAACUGCAAGGAAACCAAAGGCUCCAUCUACCUAGACUCCUGCAUAGAUGUCGUUCAGAGUCCUAAGAUGCGCCGUAACGGCUUUGAACUGAAGAUGCAAGACCGCUACAGCCACUUCCUGGCUGCAGACAGCGAAGCAGAGAUGGAGGAGUGGGUGGUCACGCUGAAACAGGCUCUGCAGAGCAGCAGUGAGGCCGGCCAGGACAGGAGGAACGGUGCAGAGUCCCUGGACUGCGCCUUGGAUGAUGACACUGCCAGCCAAGGUAAAGGUGAGAGUUUCGGGAGGAGCUUACAACCUGAACUUAACAAGUACACGAGGGAGACAGACCAGUUCAAUAAGAUCAACAGGAAUGAUGGCAGACAAAAGCUUUUCUCUCUGGAUCCUGAGACACAGAGGCUGGACUUCUCAGGCAUCGAGCCAGACGUGAAGCCGUUUGAGGAGCGUUUUGGCCGACGCAUCGUUGUCAGCUGCCACGACCUGACCUUCAGUCUCCAGGGCUGCGUCAGUGAGAAGGGCGACGGUGUCCUCACCAAUGUGGAACCGUUCUUCAUUAGCGUCGCUCUCUUCGACGUCUCCAAGAGCUGCAAGAUCUCGGCCGACUUCCACGUCGACCUCAACCCGCCCUGCGUCAGGGAGAUGCUGACCGACGCCUCGGGCCAGCUCUCCCCUUCAUCGGACUCAGACGGUGGAGGAGGAGGAGGACUCAGGGAGGGAGGAGGAGUAGUAAUGGUGAACGGGGACUCAGGGAAAGGGAACGGCCUGCCUGUUCUUCAGAGGGUGUCAGAGGCUCUGCUGCGCUUCCCUACACAGGGUAUCUUUUCAGUAACCAACCCUCAUGCAGAUAUCUUCCUGGUGGCCCGUGUGGAGAAGGUGUUGCAGAACGGCAUCACCCACUGCGCCGAGCCGUACAUCAAGACGUCGGACAUCAACAAGACCGCUCAGAAGGUGCUCAAAGCUGCCAAGCAGACAUGCCAACGCCUGGGCCAGUACAGGAUGCCUUUUGCCUGGGCUGCCAAGCAGGUGUUCAAAGACGCUCAGGGCAGCCUGGACAUGGAUGGGAAGUUCUCUCCUCUCUAUCGCCAGGACAGCAGCAAAAUCUCCACUGAUGACAUCCUCAAGCUGCUAGCCGACAUCAGGAAACCUGAGAAGAGCAAACUUCAGACAAUCCCCGGGCAGCUGAAUGUCACCAUCGAGUGUGUCCCACCUGACUUCUCAAAUACAGUGACUUCCUCUUACAUUCCCGUCAAGCCCUUCGAGGAUGGCUGUGAGCGGGUGUCCGUGGAGGUCGAGGAGUUCCUCCCCGAGGAGGCCAAGUACAACUACCCCUUCACCACCUACAAGAACCAGCUCUACAUCUACCCACUGCAGCUCAAAUACGACAACCAGAAGACCUUCACCAAGGCGAGAAACAUUGCAGUCUGCAUCCAGUUCAGAGACUCAGAUGAGGAAGGUGCAGUCCCUUUAAAGUGCAUCUACGGCAAGCCGGGAGACUCACUCUUCACGGGGAACACCUAUGCAGCCGUCCUGCACCACAAUCAGAGCCCAGAGUUCUAUGACGAGGUAAAGAUUGAGCUGCCGGUCCACGUGCAUGAGAAACACCACAUCCUCUUCACCUUUUACCACAUCAGCUGUGAGUCCAGCAGCAAGGCCAGCAGCAAGAAGAGGGAGGGAGUGGAGUCGCUGGUGGGCUACUCCUGGAUGCCCUUGCUAAAAGAUGGGAGGAUGCAGUCAUUAGAACUUCAGCUCUCUGUAGCCGCCACCCUGCCUGCUGGAUACCUGUGUCAGGACACCAGGAAGUCCCAACCGGACAUCAAGUGGGUGGAAAAUGCCAAGACCCUCUUCAAAGUGAGGACCCAUGUAGCAUCAACAAUAUACGCUCAGGACCUGCAUCUACACAAGUUCUUCCAGCACUGCCAGCUGAUGAGGACGACAUCAGAGGGCAACUCAGCCGAACUCGUCAAAUACCUGAAGUGCCUGCAUGCCAUGGAGACUCAUGUCAUCAUCAACUUCCUACCAACAGUGCUGAUGCAGCUGUUUGAGGUGCUCACAGCAGCCAAUAAAGAAUCCCAUGAGAUCGCUGUCAACUCUCUGCGUGUGAUCAUACACAUAGUCUCCAGAUGUCACGAGGAAGGGCUGGAGCACUACCUGCGCUCUUUUGUCAAGUAUGUGUUUCUGACCAACAACCCUGCAUCAGGAAACUCUGCGACCACUCACGAGGUGCUGGCCACCGCAGUCACAGCCAUCCUCAAGCAAACUGCUGACUUCAACACCAGCAAUAAACUGCUCAAGUACUCCUGGUUCUUCAUUGAAACCAUGGCCAAAUCCAUGGCGCAGUACCUGCAGGAGGGCAACCGCAUCAAGAUGCCGCGGGCUCAGCGCUUCCCUGAAAGCUUCCACCAGGCGCUCCAGUCUCUGGUGUUGUCAGUCAUGCCGCAUAUCACCAUCCGCCACAUGGAGAUCCCAGAGGAAGCUCGCUGCAUCAACCUGAGCCUGGCCAAUUUCAUCAAGAGGUGCCUGACCUUCAUGAACAGGGGCUUUGCCUUUGGCUUGGUCAACCACUACAUGUGUCAUUUCAGUCUCAAGGAUCCCAAGGUGCUGGCUGAAAUGAAAUUUGAUUUCCUGAUGACGGUGUCUAACCACGAGCACUUCAUCCCUCUGAACCUGCCCAUGGCCUUUGGGCGCACCAAGCUGCAGAGGGUGCAAGAGCAAAGUUUGGAGUUCAGCCUGACGGAGGAAUACUGCCGCAACCACUUCCUGGUCGGCCUGCUGCUGAGAGAAGUGGCUGAGGCCUUGCAGCAGGGGCCCGAAGUCAGGCAGCUGGCCGUGAGCGUUCUCAAGAACCUUCUCAUUAAACACGCCAUGGAUGAUCGCUACACUGCCUUCAAGAACCAGCAGGCCAGGAUCUGUUUGCUGUACCUGCCGCUGUUCGAGCUGCUCUACCAGAACUUGAAGCAGCUGUCUGCCCAGCCGCACACCUCCAGCCCCGGCCUUGGCCUCAACGGCUCCAGAGACGACCUCAUAUCAACCAGUUCAACCGACAGCAGGAGAAUCAGCACCGCAAUUGACAAAGACCACGGUCUCCAGAAUGGCCAUGUUGUGAGGAGAGAGGACUCCAGGGGCUCUUUAUUUAUGGAUCCAGGAACACCAGACAGCAUCGAGCUGCAGAGACGUGGCUCCACCAUGAGCAGCAGUCCCAUGCCUCCCGUCGGCAGAUUGGGACAGUAUGAGAUUAAAGGCCUCCUGCUCUCCUUCCUGCACAUCGUCAAGACCUUGUCAGAGGACACUCUCAUGGCCUACUGGAAUAAAGUCGGCCCUCAAGACAUCAUGAACUUCCUCAGUUUGCUGGAGACCUGUCUGGUUCAGUUUCGUUACAUUGGAAAGAGGAACAUUGGCCGGAAUCAGGAGGUUUGUGUGUCGAAGCUGUUCUCCUCAGACAGGAAGUCUCAGACGAUGCCAGCCAUGCGCUGCAACCGAGCCAGUCUCAUGCAGACUAAGAUACACCAGUUCAGCACCAUGGAGGCCUCUCUCACUCUCAACAUCGGGACGGGGCCGUCAGAAGCAGAAAUCCACCAUCAGGCUCUGCUAGAGGGAAACAUCUCCACUGAGGUCUGCCUGAGUGUCCUGGAUGUCCUGUCGCUUUUCACACAGUGCUUCAAGAAUCAGCUACUGGACAGCGAAGGUCACAACCCAUUGAUGAAGAAGUUGUUCGAUGUUUACCUGACCUUCCUCAAAGUUGGCCAAUCAGAAGCUGCCCUCAGACAUGUGUUCGCCGCACUCAGGGCUUUCAUUAACAAGUUCCCGUCGGUGCUGUUCAAGGGCCGCGUGACGCUGUGCGAGGCCCUGUGCUGCGAGGUGCUCAAGUGCUGCGUCUCCAAGCUGGGGUCCCUGCGGGCCGAGGCAUCUGCCCUGCUCUACCUGCUGAUGAGGAACAACUUCGAGUACACCAAGAGGAAGACCUUCCUGCGCACACACCUGCAGAUCAUCAUUGCAGUGAGCCAGCUGAUCUCCGACGUGGCGCUGACUGGCAGCUCCCGCUUCCAGGAGUCUCUCUCUAUCAUCAACAACUUUGCAAAUAGUGACAAGGCCAUGAAGUCUACGGCGUUCCCCUCAGAAGUGAAGGGUCUCACCAAGCGGAUCCGUACAGUGCUGAUGGCCACGGCCCAGAUGAGAGAGCACGAGAAAGACCCAGAGAUGCUGCUGGACCUCCAGUACAGUCUGGCCCGGUCCUAUGCUAGCACCCCUGAACUGAGGCGGACCUGGCUGGACAGCAUGGCCCGAGCGCACCUAAAGAACGGCGAUCUCUCUGAGGCGGCCAUGUGUUACGUUCAUGUGGCUGCACUAGUAGCAGAAUACCUGCACAGGAAAAAGCUGUUCCCCAGUGGCCUCGCAGCCUUCAAGAAGGUCACCUUGAAUAUUGACGAGGAAGCCGCCAUGAAAGAAGACACCGGCAUGCAGGAUGUCUAUUACACUGAGGAGGUGUUGGUCGAACACCUUGAGGUCUGUGUGGAGGCGCUGUGGAAAGCCGAGCGCUAUGAGCUCAUCACGCACAUUGCCAAACUCAUCAUCCCUAUUUAUGAGAAGCGUCACGAGUAUGAGAAACUAAGCCGGCUGUAUGACACUCUGCACAGAGCCUACAAUAAAAUAAUGGAGGUGAUACAAUCAGGACGCAGGCUUCUUGGGACAUACUUCAGAGUGGCUUUUUAUGGACAGGGCUUCUUUGAGGAGGAGGACGGAAAGGAAUACAUUUAUAAAGAGCCCAAACUCACAGGCCUGUCUGAAAUCUCCCAGCGGCUGCUGACACUCUAUGGGGACAAGUUUGGGCCGGAAAAUGUCAAGAUAAUUCAAGACUCAAACAAGGUUAACCCUAAAGACCUGGACCAGAAGUUCGCUUACGUCCAGGUGACAUUUGUCAAGCCGUACUUCGAGGAGAAGGAGGCGCCGGAGAAGAAAACCGACUUCGAGAAGUGCCACAACAUCAACCGCUUUGUGUUUGAGACUCCGUACACGCUGACGGGCAAGAAGCACGGCGGGGUGGAGGAGCAGUGCAAGAGGAGAACCGUGCUCACAACUGCCCACGCCUUCCCAUACGUGAAGAAGCGAGUGGAGGUGGUGGGAGAGAAGCAGGUGGAGCUUAAGCCCGUGGACGUGGCCAUAGACGAGAUGAAGGCGCGGACGGCAGAGCUAACCAAGCUCUGCUCCCACCAGGAAGUGGACAUGAUCCAGCUGCAGCUCAAACUGCAGGGCUGUGUGUCUGUGCAGGUGAAUGCAGGUCCCAUGGCCUAUGCGAGAGCAUUUCUAGAUGACAGUAAAUCAAACCAGUCUGGUAGUAAGAAAGGGAAAGACCUCAAGGACAUUUUCAGGCGUUUCGUUGAGGCUUGCAGCAUGGCCCUGGAUAUAAAUGAGCGUCUGAUUAAAGAGGACCAGUUCGAGUACCACGAGGGCCUGAAGGGCAACUUCAAAGAGAUGGUGAAGGAACUGUCAGACAUCAUCCAUGAACAGAUCUACCAGGAGGAUAUGAUGCGCUCGCUGUUACAAAACUCGCUGCAUGUGUUUCGUGCCAUCAGCGGGAUGUCCACCGACCUGGGUUGACCCGCCCACACCCAACACCACCAACCCCCACCCCCCCCCACCCCAUCUUCCUUUAUGUAUAUCCUCUCACCUCCUCCCUUAAGGACCCGGACCAGGAUGAUGACAGGGCAGCUGCCUGCCCAGUUACGCCUGCCUAAACACACCCCCAGCAAAGACGCCAUCUGGUCGUGGUACAUGGUCCGGGUGAAAGAUCGCAGUACAGUUGGAUAUAAUAUUCAAACCACAGCAGCAGUAUUUCUAAGAAUGUAUCCCGGCAACACAGACUAAAUGUCAACAUGUCAGGUUGACGUGUUAUGCUGAGUCACGCUAGGUUGCAUUGCACUUUUUUUCUGCCUCGGCGACAACCUGCAGGAUUGGCUGUCAUUUCGUUAGAGAGAGAUACUGUACUAAAGCAUUGUUUUUUUUUUUCUUUCUGUCCUCUCUCUCUCUCUGCAAUGUUUCCCUUCAGAUCAAUGCAGGACACAACACUUUUAGAAGAUGAUAGCAUCUUUCCACAGUGUUUGUGCGCCUCUGGCAGGAUGAUCAAUAACCCCACCUUGACCGGUUCUGUAGCAGACUUCCAAACCGAAAGCACUGAGGUACUCUGUUAAGCUAAGGGUUGGUGUUUAUUGGCUUAGCAGCACAUUCCAGCCAGGUUUACAGAUUGCCAUAAACAGAUAAAUCAUGUCUAAAGAGCAGCAGCUUAUAGUGAGCACUGGGCCAAAGUUACUACCCUGUUUCUUUAAUGUAAAAGCCUCAGUCUGUUCCAAAGUUAAAGAAGAGAAAAAAAAGACAGACCUCAUGGUUGUAUUGAAGCUAUAUGAUAAAGCUGCUCUUAAGAGGUUUGCGACUUAAAAGCAGCUCAAUUAAAUUGUACAUGUAAAAAAAAAUGUUAUUGGUAUGACAACAGUGUGUUGUAGAUUUGUAAUGAAUCAGUCAAACCAGGAAAGAUUAUGAUACAAAUUCUAUCAGAGCUUUGCAACAAUCAUUGACACAGUUUCCUCUGUGGCCAGGACAGGACACACUGAUCGCAGCGGUGUGAUAGUAUUUUCUUCAACAACGAUUAAGUGUCGAGUUCCUCUCAUCUGGGUUUAGAUCCAGUGCCUUUGUGCUCUGCCUUCUGAAAAGACUCUCAAUGAAUAAGAACCACCACAUGCUGGUUAUUCACAGUAUUUCACAAGUGCUACACUGAAAUUAGCAGAUAGAUGAAUAAUAUUUAAGCAGAUGUACAUAAUUUGUUCUGAUGCUGUAAAUUGAAUUCUGUACCCAUGUAUGUUUGUACGUACUGUAUGUAUGUAUUUAUAUUUGUAACGUUUUGGACUCGUGUUCAGUCCAAAAUCUGUCCAGCAGAGAGAUUUUUUUUUUUUUUCCAUUUUUACUGCGUUGUAUACUAAAGUGCUGCUGCCUGUCAAACUUACUUUGUAAAGCCUUUUUCCAAUAAAACCUGGAAAAGCUAUUGAGCUCGAGGACAGUAAAUGACAAAAAAGUUUAAUAGCUGUUCUGGAGCUUUCAGAAGAUCUUCCUCUCCACAGGCGGCCGAGUUGUCAUGGACUUCACCACUGAAAGCUCCAGUACAGCCACUAUAAUUAACCAGGUGGUUUGGUUAAAAAGCCACUCAAACACACAAACACACACACACACACACACACACACACAUACACACACAUGCAUAUACACACCUCACACAAAAAAUUCAUUGUUGCCAUACCCAUAACAUUUUGUGAAAUCAGCCACUGAAUCAACUCCACGUGGUCCUAAAGUUGUGGGAUGGGGUUGACGUCAUUUAUCUGUCCGUCAUUCAGGUUUCUGGGAAAACUCGUUUUUUUCUUUAUAGGGUUGCCAUUGUGUGCGGGGGCAGUGACUGGCAAAAGAGGAACAGAAAUUAUAUAUGAAACCUUUUAGA